CAGAGAAAGAGAAUCAAGAUAUUUUGUUUUUGGUGAUCAUUGCUGGAGAGAGAGAGAGAGAGAGAGAUGAUGAGUGGAACUGAAGAGCACUAUUCAUACAAAUAAAUGCUCUCUCUCUCUCUUGUUUCAUUUAAUCCUCUCCUAAACGAUCUCUGCAGAGAUGCCCAUUUUUUCUUGAAAACAUGAUAUUCAUAAUAUCUACCGGUUUGACCACUCUCCUCUAACAAAAAGCACCUCUCUUUUCUCUUCUCUUUUAAUACAGAUAAUGAUUCUUGGUGGGUUUUCUCUCAAUCUCUAAAAUUCACCAGUUUCUUGAAAUCUCACUUUUUCCCCUUUUCUUCUCCAUGCAAGCAAAAACAACUCACUUUUUGAGUUUUAUUCUUUGCUAUAUUGUUUUUAUUGUGGGGUUUUGUGAAGACUGAAAUUUGAAGUUUGAACUACUUUUUUACUGCUGAAAUAUUCUGUGUUUUCAAUUUCAUUGUCAUUUUAGCUUAUUUUGCUACCUUAAUCUUUCUCGUAAAAAGCUAAAAGGGUAAAAAAGUUCAGACUUCUAAAAUUUUCAUUUUUGAAAGGGUAAAAAAGUUUCAGACUUUGAAGAUUUCAGGUGUUUUUUUUAUAUUUUUUCUGGAUUUUUACACUGUUUUAGGGAAGGAACUGAACAGUAUAGAAUCAAACUUCAAAGUUUCCAUUUUUAUGUCUGUUUCUUACAGCCACUGAAAUCAAAAACAUAUAUUUCCUUGAAUCCUUAUAUUGUUUUAGCAAAAACACACAGUUGUCAUCUGUUGUUGCGAAAUACCCUCUUCGAAGAUAACAAGUGGCCUUAUCAAUAUGCAAACAAGUGAAACUGUCGGAGAUCAUAUAGUUAAUGUAUUCGUGCUGCCCUCGACUCGCACAGUUGGAGAUGCCAUGAACAAGUUUGCUGGCCAGCUAACGAGUCGAGUUGCCACAGCAAAUGGAGGGGCAGUGAGUUUCUCCUCGUUCCCCCAAACCAGCCCGUUUCAAUGGGCUGAUCGGUUUUUGGAGGCCAUUCCUCUCCCUAAUGCAUCCAUUGGCACCUUCCCAUAUACCUUAACUGAGAAUCAUCAAGAAAAGGUGGCAGUUCCGGCUCCCCUCGGAUGUUCACUUGAAAACAUGAGAUAUAGCGCUUCCAUGAACGGCCUAAACGCUGGUGGUCCCUCUCUUGAGACAAUGCUCCAUGGCUAUGGAGGUUUGCCAUUCCCACCUGAGCUCGUGAGGAGAGUGGUUGGAAGGACUAGCCUUCCUCUACCGGCCCAACCAGCUCGUAGCUGUCACUCUAGGGAAUGGCCGGUGAUGGAGCAAGUAGGGUUCGGUUCCCACAGUCAUGACUCGUCUCAGUAUAGCAACGAGUUGUCUCUGAGUCUCGUGACAUCACAGCCAUCUGUGCUACACGGGCUCUUAACAACACCACACGAGCAAUGCUCGGAGAUGAGCUGCUCCAAUGGUGUGAGUAGCCACUCGUUGCCCGAGCAUACUUCUUGCAGCAGCAAGAACCACUCGUUGAGCUUCAAGACAUCCCAACUCCCUCCAUUGCUGUCGGGAUCAAGGUUUCUCGAGGCCAUGCAAGAAAUACUUGCUGCAAUAGCUUGCUACGCGCUAGAGAAUGUCGAAGAUUUUGGAGUGAACUUCUCAUUUUCUUCAAUUGGGUCCUCCAACGGGAUUGAAGUGGAUCACACAUUUGUGUUUCAAAAGCAAGAAACAAGCCUAGAAGCAAAGAAAAAGCAUCUGCUAUCUCUACUUCAAAUGGUCGAUGAUCAAUACAGCCAAUGCCUCGAUGAAAUCCACACGGUCACCUCUGCAUUCCAUGCUGUGACGGAGCUAGAACCUAAUUUGCACGCUCGUUUUGCUCUCCCCACUAUCUCGUUCAUGUACAAGAGCCUCCGGGAGAGGAUCAACAGCCACAUUCUUGCUAUUGGAGCUCAUCUCGAGGAGGGAGAAACACGAGAAAACAAGUCAUUUGAGGCAUGCUUCAUCCAGAAGCAGUGGGCUCUGCAGCAGCUAAGCAAGAGAGAUCAUCAACUAUUGAGGCCUCAGAGAGGCCUUCCCGAAACAUCUGUGUCCGUUUUGAGGACAUGGAUGUUUUGGAAUUUCCAACACCCGUAUCCAAAGGACUCGGAGAAGCACUUGCUAGCUCUGAAAAGUGGCCUAACUAGGAAUCAGGUGUCGAACUGGUUUAUAAAUGCUCGUGUUCGACUAUGGAAGCCAAUGAUUGAGGAAAUGUGUGCUGAAAUGAACAGAAGAAAAGCUCGGAAGGAUGAUGAAGAAAUGGAAGGAAACCACAGAAACCAAAUGCGCUUUGAAACUAGGAGAUUUACAAGAGAUUGAUAAACUAUAUAUGUAUUUAUAUAUUUCUUGUUACAAUGCUUUGAGCAUUUCUUGAUUUAUAUUCAGUGUAUCAUAGUAGUAUAGUAUGGAGAGAUAUCAUUACAAUUGUUACUGAAACUCCGAAAUGGGAUCUAAGUAGAAUUCAAGAAAAUUGGAAAUUUGAUUAUAUUCAGAAUAA